AUGAUAAUAUUAACUGGAAACCACCAGGAGUCCAUUAACAUCCGGACACGUCUUAGCAUUCCUAACAUGAAACAAUCGACUUGGAAAGUUCACGACGACAAUUUAGCGGUCCUGUUAGAGCAUCCGGGCUCGAAGCAGGAAUUGAACUCGCAGGUAGAAACUUUCCAAAAUACCGUUUAUGACUACUUCAACGAGCAAUAUCCACCACGUAAUCAUUACGCUCGCAAAAAUAAAGAAAAUUCGUUCAAGAUAAAAAUGAGGAAGAAAAAACGGGAAUUAAUAAAAAAAAAUCUACGUAUAGCCAAAGCUCUAGGCGACAACCACCUUAGUCAUCAGCUAGCUAGGGCGUUAAGGUCAAUCCUUAAAUUAAUUCAAGGAAUAUCGGCACAAACUGCAGAAUAUCGCGGUAAUUUUGACCGGGCCAAACAGGAAGUAGAUUUUGAUAAAAACCCUUUUGAGUAUUCGAAAACCAUUUUUAAGAAAGAACGCGGACAGCUUCUCUUGACCAACGAUCAAAUUUACGACCAUUUCAAGAGCACAUACGAAGUGCCUAAAAGUGUAAGGCUCUAUACGGAUCCAAAUGAACAAAAACCGGAAAUUCCUCAUAUCGAUUUUUACGGCAUACCACCAACGUUAGACGAAAUAAGUAGUCACAUAAAGAGGAAAUCAUCUAAAUCUGCACCGGGCCCCGAUGGUAUCCCAUAUAUAGUCUUUAAAAAAUGUCCAUCGGUUCGUAAACACCUCAUAAAUAUAUACGGCAAAAUCUGGUCAAGGAAGCAAAUCCCGGAGUGUUUCGGGAAAGCAAUGUUUGUCCUCAUUCCCAAAAAAGAUCGAGUUACCGAUCCGAAGGAUACUAGACCGAUAGCCUUAACAAAUACAAUAUCUAAAAUCUUUUUCUCGGUCCUACAAACGAGAAUGACGCGAUUCAUGCUCAGCAACAAUUAUUUUAGGCCAAAUCACCAGAAAGGGUUUCUACCCGGGAUUUCUGGAUGCCUAGAACACAACACCUUGCUGUCGGAGAGUUUGAAAGAUGCUAGAAAAAGCGAGCGGCAAAUAACAGUUUGUUGGAUAGACUUAGAGAACGCGUUCGGGUCGAUACAACACGAGUUGAUGCUAUUCGCGCUUAGAUGGUAUAACUUUCCACCCUUAGUUAGCGAUAUGAUUGCGUCGUAUUACUCAAAAUUAAAGUUUUCUAUUAUAACUAAAGAAGGCCCUUCAAAAAGUUUGAGUUACAAUGUAGGACUAUUCCAAGGGUGCUGUUUAUCUCCAAUAGUAUUUAAUAUUGUAAUCAAUAUCCUAGUAGAUAAACUUAUCAGCAAUGAGAAAAAAUGGGGGUAUCGGUUUAAGUUCAAUAACAAAUACACGGAAUCCAUUUUAGCCUUCGCUGACGAUCUCGCAAUACUGACACGUCACCCCAAACACUGUCAAGUACUAUUGGAUGAAGUGGAUAAAUUCUGUGAGUGGACGGAUGGAUUGAGGACAAAACCAAGUAAAUGUCACUGUCUGUGUCUUGGUAGGCGGAAUACAAGAUACACCUCAUACGAUCCGGGACUAUCGAUAGGCGGUCAAUGCGUUUCUACGGUUACGGAAAAUGCACCAUUCAAGUUUCUCGGUCGUAAGAUUGAUAAUAUAGGUCGUACUCCAUCUUUAGAAGGAAUAGUAGAUAGCUUUUUAAAUGACCUCAACAAGGUAGAUAGCCAGCAGAUCAGUAACGUAAAAAAAGCAUGGAUCUACGAUAAUUACUUAACUUCACGUUUGAAUUGGCCUUUCCUCGACUAUGAUUUUAGUAAAACCCUUUUAUCUAAAUUAGAUGCAGGCGUCAUAAAGAUGUUGAAGUUGUGGCUCGGGCUCGCGCUAACGGCUGACUCAUCGGCUUUAUUCAGGGAUCGUAAUAGUUUUGGGAUGAAUCUAAAAAGACCAUCGGAGCUCUACAAACACCUAAGAGUUUCCAAGAGACAUAUCCUGGGAAAAUCCCAUGAUGACGUCGUUACAUCACUCCCAAAAGACAAUGAUGCCCCAGAGCUAGAGUCACGACUUCAAUUCCAUAAACAAUUUAUGAUCGGAGCGCAAAAUAACAGAGUAGGGUUAGGAUCAAGUAGGAAAGUCCAAGAUACGGAUAUAUUGAAGUCUUUUAUUCGGCAAGACGAGAACGAUAAAUACAAGAUCCAUGCAAUGAGUUUAGAAAUGCAGAACGAUUGGUUAGACAUAGGAGAUUUUUGCAUUCCACUAGCACUAAAAUGGCGCACCCUAAUUCAUGACUGGUCGCCAGCCUUGCUAAAAUUUUAUCUCAAUGCGUUCCAGAUGACUCUCCCAGAUCAGAGUAAUUUAGUAAGAUGGGGUAAAGGUACCGAAAAAACUUGCUAUAUCUGCGGAAAGGCAGUUGGAACUGCCAAGCAUUUGCUGGUGGGAUGUAAGGUUCUCCUGGACAGCGGUCAAUACUCGCGUCGUCACGAUAGGGUUUUAGAGAUCAUACGUUUUGUGAGAGAGGGCACCAGGGCUAUAAAAUCAAACGUCAAGCCUUACUCUAUCCUUAAAGCGGCUUCGGAUUGGACUAUCAUGAUGGAUACGUAUGAGAAACAAUACAAAAUCCCCGAGGAUAUUUGUGCGUCGGCCUCCAGACCAGACAUAUUUCUAUAUUCGCGUAUUUUAAAGCGCGUUGUGAUGAUAGAGCUUACGGUGCCUUGGGAAACCAACAUCCCCAAAGACCAUGCCAUCAAGGUCAAUAAGUAUUACGAGCUCACUAACGAACUAACUCGAAAUAGGUUCGUCGUUGAUUUGUACGCGGUAGAGGUGGGAGCGAGAGGUAUAACAGCUAAAUCUCUCUAUAACCUACUAAAAGACUUGGGCCUGUCCAGAACUAACAUUAAUUCAUUCUUAGAACGUACGUCGAAGGCAGCCCUAGUAGGUUCUUUUCAAAUUUGGUUAGGUAGGGAGAGGAACUUGGACAGUGGAGCCUUCGCUGACGAUCUCGCAAUACUGACACGUAACCCCAAACACUGUCAGGUACUAUUGGAUGAAGUGGAUAAAUUCUGUGAGUGGACGGAUGGAUUGAGGACAAAACCCAGUAAAUGUCACUGUCUGUGUCUUGGUAGGCGGAAUACAAGAUACACCUCAUACGAUCCGGGACUAUCGUUAGGCGGUCAAUGCAUUUCUACGGUUACGGAAAAUGCACCAUUUAAAUUUCUCGGUCGUAAGAUAGAUAAUAUAGGCCGUACUCCAUCUUUAGAAGGAAUAGUAGAUAGCUUUUUGAACGAUCUUAACAAGUUAGAUGCAGGCGUCAUAAAGAUGUUGAAGUUGUGGCUCGGGCUCGCUCUAACGGCUGAUUCAUCGGCGUUAUUUAGGGGAAGCAAUAGUUUUGGGAUGAGUCUAAAAAGGCCAUCGGAGCUCUAUAAACACCUAAGAGUUUCCAAGAGAUAUAUCCUGGGGAAAUCCCAUGAUGACAUAGUGACAUCGCUCCCAAAAGAUGAAGAUGCCCCCGAGCUAGAGUCACGACUUCAAUUCCAUAAGCAAUUUAUGAUAGGAGCGCAAAGUAACAGAGCGGGGUUAGGAUCAAAUAGGAAAGUCCAAGAUGCGGAUAUAUUGAAGUCUUUUAUUCGGCAAGACGAGAAUGAUAAAUAUAAGAUCCAUGCAAUGAAUUUAGAAAUGCAGAACGAGUGGUUAGACAUAGGAGAUUUUUGCAUCCCAUUAGCAUUAAAAUGGCGCACUUUAAUUUAUGAUUGGUCGCCAGCAUUGCUAAAAUUCUAUCUCAAUGCGUUCCAGAUGACUCUCCCAGAUCAGAGUAAUUUAGUAAGAUGGGGUAAAAGUACCGAAAAAACUUGCUAUAUCUGUGGAAAGGCAGUUGGAACUGCUAAGCAUCUGCUGGUGGGAUGUAAGGUACUCCUUGACAGCGGUCAAUACUCGCGUCGUCACGAUAGGGUUCUAGAAGUCAUACGUUUUGUGAGAGAAGGCACUAGGGCUACAAAAUCAAACGUCAAGCCUUACUCCAUCCUUAAAGCGGCGUCGGAUUGGACUAUAAUGAUGGACACGUAUGAAAAACAAUAUAAAAUCCCCGAGGAUAUUUGUGCGUCGGCCUCCAGACCGGAUAUAUUUUUGUUUUCGCGAAUUUUAAAGCGCGUAGUGAUGAUAGAGCUUACGGUCCCUUGGGAAACCAACAUCCCCAAAGACCAUACCAUCAAGGUCAACAAAUAUUACGAGCUCACAAACGAACUCACUCGAAAUAGGUUCGUAGUAGAUUUGUACGCGGUAGAGGUGGGAAAGUUUCGUCUUAUUUAA